GGGUCUCCAGAGUAGCACAUUGCUACACACACCAUCCCAGCGCAUGAGAUUUCCAGCAAUACCACUCUCAACAACCAGCCUACAGCACUCAUGAAUCCCUCUCAGCUCCGACAAUGGGUCAGCGACAGUAUCUUGAGACUAUUCGAAAUGUCGGACAGCGUCAUGGUCGAAUACAUGAUCAAGACGGCCACAACAGCACCAUCGCCGGGCUCAUUACUCUCCUCAUUGAUGUCCGUCGGCCUCAGUUCCUCCCCAGAGGCCGAAUACUUCGUCAGCGAGCUCUUCAAGCGUGUCCCUCGGGCCUCCUCUUCAUCGACGACCGCUGCCUCCAAGAAACAAGCUCAAGAGAAUAGCAGGAAAAAAGCCGAAAUGGAGGCCAAGGCAUUACAGAAGCAAAAGUUUGGCCUGCUGAUGGACGAUGCUCCGGAUGAUUCAAAAGUCGAAAUGAAGAAGGGGAAAAAAGAGAAGGGGACACUCAAGAGCAAGACAACCAAUGUCAAGGAAGGAUGGGAGAGCGACGAGGAAGAACGUGCUGCCAAAAGAAAACGAUGGGCCGAAGGAACUCAACGGAGGGAGAAUGAAGAUGAAGAUCAGACCCAAGAACCAUCAGAGACUGAGGCUGAGCGGAUCGAACGAGAACGUCUGCAAGAUGCAAGAGAGAGGGACGAAUUCGCAGAAAGGCUCAAGGCAAAAGACCGUGACAAGACUAAGAAGAUAGUAGAAGAUAAAACCUCGAAACUCACACCUGAUCAAAUCCGUCGAAGGAAUCUAGAAAACGAUGAGGAAGCUAGGAAGAUGGCGAUGCCCGAGGUCAGGAAGAGGGCCAGACAAGAAUAUCUCAGCAAACGUGAACUACAACAGAUCGAAUUACUCAAGCAAGAGAUCAUGGACGAAGAGGCCGAUUUCAAAGGAGUCGUCAUGACCCAGCGGGAGAUUCGAGAGCUAAAUAAAAAGAAAGAGGUCCUACGUCUAGCUCAGGAGAGGAUGGGAAUCGAUGAUGGCUACGAAGGCUACAUGAUGCCCGAAGAUUAUAUAACUGAACAGGGUCGCCUGGACAAAAAGAAGAAACACGACGCCUUAUACAAGCGUUACGAAGAGAGUAAGAGGCCAAAUGAUGAGUUUGUAACGGAUGUGGACCGCUAUGAGGCUAUUCAGACUCAAAAUGCUACGACCACUUAUGGCGCGAUGGACCGAUCGGUGCAAGUCGAAGAUUACGAUUACGUGUUCGAUGAGAGCGCGACAAUAGCUUUCCUGGUCGAUCAAGAUAGUCGGAUUGGCGGGACACUUAGUGCGAAAGACGCGGCCCUCCAAGCCCAGAUCGAUGCUGCAGAACGUCGAGCAAAAUCGAUCGAUGAAGUUCGAAAGUCACUUCCUGUUUACGAAUGGAGAGAGAAGCUACUCCAAGCAGUCUCAGAAUAUCAAGUGCUGAUUGUCGUUGGAGAAACAGGCUCAGGGAAGACGACCCAACUGCCUCAAUAUCUGCACGAGGCGGGGUAUACCAAAGAUGGCGGGAAAAUCGGCUGCACGCAACCUCGACGAGUUGCGGCAAUGUCGGUGGCUGCUCGAGUGGCUGAUGAAAUGGGCGUCCGAGUUGGAGAUGCCGUUGGUUACUCGAUUCGGUUCGAAGAUUGCACUUCUCCUAAGACCGUCAUCAAAUAUAUGACCGACGGAAUGCUGCUCAGGGAAUUCAUGACCGAACCCGAUCUGGCUGGCUAUAGUGCCAUGAUUAUCGAUGAAGCUCAUGAGCGUACGCUGAGUACAGAUAUUUUGUUAGGCCUCGUCAAGGACAUUGCUCGUUUUAGACCCGACUUCCGGCUUCUGAUCUCCAGUGCGACAAUGAAUGCCGCGAAAUUCUCAGAAUAUUUUGAUGAUGCUCCAAUCUUCAAUAUUCCGGGAAGAAUGUAUCCAGUAGAUAUCCUGUACACUCCCAACCCAGAGGCAAACUAUCUCCAUGCAGCAGUGACCACGAUCUUCCAAAUCCACACCACCCAACCAAAGGGUGACAUCCUGGUAUUUUUUACUGGCCAAGAUGAGAUCGAAGCCGCCCAAGAAAACUUAGAGGAAACCGCAAGAGCCUUAGGCAAUAAAAUCGGGGAAUUGAUGAUCUGUCCGAUCUAUGCCAAUCUACCCACCGAGAUGCAGGCUAAGAUCUUUGAGCCAACGCCUGAUAGAGCUCGCAAAGUCGUCCUGGCUACUAAUAUUGCCGAAACUUCGAUCACUAUCGAUGGCGUGGUUUAUGUCAUCGACCCCGGUUUUGUGAAACAGAACUCUUAUAACCCUCGUACCGGUAUGGAAUCUUUGGUUGUCGUUCCUUGCUCACGUGCGGCAGCCAAUCAACGUGCUGGUCGAGCGGGACGAGUAGCCCCAGGGAAAUGUUUCAGACUAUAUACGAAGUCAGCUUACAUGAAAGAGCUAGACGAAGACACCGUUCCGGAGAUCCAACGAACGAACCUAGCCAAUGUGGUGUUACUGCUCAAGUCAUUAGGGAUCAACGAUCUGAUUGGCUUUGAUUUCUUGGACCCACCUCCGGGCGAUACCCUGAUACGAGCCCUCGAUCUUCUCUACGCUCUUGGCGCUUUUAACGAUCGUGGGGAGCUGACGAAGAUCGGGAGGAAGAUGGCCGAGUUUCCGAUGGAUCCGAUGCUCUCGAAAGCUAUCCUCGAAAGCGAGAAACAUCAGUGUACGGAAGAAGUCCUCUCGAUCGUCUCCAUGCUUUCUGAGAGUAGCUCUCUCUUCUAUCGUCCCAAGGAUAAGAAGCUGCAUGCAGAUCGGGCCCGAUUGAAUUUCGUGCAACCUGGCGGGGACCAUUUCACGUUGCUGAAUGUGUUUGAACAAUGGAAGGAGACGAACUGGUCGAUCUCAUGGACGUAUGAGAACUACGUCCAAAUCAAGUCCUUGAAUCGCGUCCGCGAUAUCCGAGAUCAGUUGUCAAGCUUGUGUGAACGGGUCGAGAUCUUGCCUGAAUCUAAUCAGAGCGGAUCUAUCGAGCCCAUUCAGAAGAGCUUGUUGGGCGGCUAUUUCAUGAAUACUGCUAGGCUUGGGAAGGGCGGUGACUCGUAUCGGACAUUGAAAUCGAAUCAAUCGGUGUACAUCCAUCCAUCAUCUAGUUGUUUUAAUACACAACCCCCACCAAGAAUGAUUCUAUUUUAUGAAUUGGUGUUGACUAGUAAGGAAUACGCUCGACAAGUCAUGCAGAUCGAUAAGCCGGAAUGGCUCCUUCAAGCCGCUCCUCAUUUCUUUAAGCCUGCCGAUCUGGAAAUUUUUGGGAAGAAAAAGGUUCCGAAACAAGUUCAAGUGCGGAAAGCUGAUCAAUGAAUAUCUACAUUCGAACUUCACACAAUACUUCCAUGUAAUCAAAUAAACAUAUUACUCCAAGAGAAAGACAAAAAAAAGCAGAGCAGUUGUGUUCUUCCAACAUGAGAUCAAGUGCUCAUUUGACUGUCUGUCAAUCAAACAAAAGCAUUUUUUUUUCUUGUAUGUGUACCAUGAUUGAGGGUGGGUAGUUUAUGAGAUGAGGGAGGAGAGGACACCAAUUUGUUCAUUUUAUCAGAACUGUGAGUUUACUCGCCGGGGUUGAGCCCCUGAAGUUGGUUUUGCUACUGCUCUCCGAUACAAAUACAAUUGGAACUUGAGCAAGCAGGAUUCUGUUGGCUAUGUAUGUAUGCGACGGUUGUGAAUGGUUGGAUGUUUGUAAGAUUGUGU